GAAAAUGCUCACAGAGAAUCCUAGCUGGCAUGUCGCCGUGAUUCAUACUAAAGCUGCAUCCUCUUGCAGCCGCUUUCCCUCCAAAUCCUCCACUAUCACUGAGCCUAUCAAGCAGCCUUAAUACGCCGGCCUUAUAUAAGUUCUAUACAUGCUGGGCGGACAUGUUUUAGUACUGGAAGUGAUUACUGGCCAAAACCUUGCCGUUCCAUCUAAUCGCACACCAGCGGGCCAUUAUGUCCUUGUCUCCACCUCCUAUGGUCAGUGGAACACUGCCAUCAAGGCUGCAAUGGCCGACUGCAGUGUUUCUUGGAAUGAGACCCUCACCAUCCGUGGAAGCCCACUGAUGUUUCCCAUGUGGCUUCUACCCUUCUUUUCCAGCUCCUCCAAAGAAAUCCGCCUCGAAAUUCGCGCCUCAUUUGAGUGUGGCCAAAUGCUUGGUCGAGGCGAGCUUGUGGGUACAGUUGAGACGACUUUAGAACAAUUGCUUGCGCACGACGGACAGUCCGUAUCAUUCCUGGCUGUUGAUAAUCAGCGCAUAUCUCUUAAAUUGAAGGCACGGCGUAAAAAAGUACCAUACUACGAUGCAGACGGUACCAUGCAGUGUAAAAUCGGUCUUGAAACUGAUGCAGCACGCGAUGCAUACACCCUCUUUUGGAGGAGCAACCUUCGCGAGCACUUCCAUAGCGCCAUUGAGGGUUUUCAGGCAGUGCUUGACCAAUGUCCCCAUGGUCAUGCACAUCGCGCUGCAGCGCUUUCCAACCUUGCUCAUGCCAUUUUAUGUGGUUUCGCCAAGACUAUUGAAAGCGAUAUUGACCGAGCAAUUCACCUUUUCCGAUCCGCACUCACGCUCCGUCCCCGAGGACAUAUCGAACAUCCGUUAUCCAUCCUCGACCUUUGCCAUGCUCUCUGCAAGCGUCAUGCCCAUAAAAGGGACCAUUCCGAUCUCCGUGAGGCCGCAGAUCUUUACCGCUCCAUUCUACCGCUUUGUGUCGAGGGCAGCCAUCUCCAUCAAGUAGUAUUCGAUACCAACGGCAUACCAUAUGUCAUCGAGCAGUGCAACACACUUCCUAGUGAUCCUUCGGACGAGAGUAUAUCGCUUCGGCGAAUUGUGCUUGAACUUUGUCCGCCACGGCACCCACAUCGUGCAUACUCACUAAACAAGCUUGCUGGAGACCUCUAUGCACGGUUUGAACGAGACGGCAAUAAAGACCAUUUCUAUGAGGCUGUUCAUCUGUCACGUGAAGCACUGGCAGUAUGUCGUGCUGAUGAUGAUCAACUUAGUAUUCUCCCCGGCGUUUUAUCGGACACUCUCGGGCACCGUUUCAAUCACCACGGCGAUCCUUCUGACCUUUACGAAAGAAUAGCACUUGACAUCCACCUAGAGGCACUCGACUUGCGCUCGUCUGCUUCGAGUCAACGCGGCAUAACGGCCCCCGAACAAGGACAACAAUCUUCGCCGUCACCACUGCCAUCUCCUCCCCCACCCCUACUGCCACAGGCAUCAAUGAGCAAACAGAUUCGGCCGCUAGAAAGAAAUAUUGUCAUCUUCGGUGACAGUGGCUCAGGGAAAAGUUCAGUCAUCAAUGCGAUCGCGCAAACGCAGCUAGCGAAGACAUCUAGCAGUGCAACUGGAUGCACGUUCGCCUAUCAACGCCAUAGAGUCGAAAUUUCUGGCCAGACGUUUGUCCUAUUCGACACCGCGGGUCUCAAUGAAGGCACUGCAGGCACGGUGCCGGCGGCAAAGGCGGACGAAAACUUGAAGAGCUUGCUGCAUGAGCUCAUGAGCCCUAGAUCGGAUGGGAUCGGCCUUCUGGUAUACUGCGUGCGUAGCACGAGAGCCCGUCGCGCUCUUAUUCGGAACUACAAUCUUUUCUACUCUGCUAUCUGCCGAAAGAAGGUCCCGAUUGUCGUCGUCAUCACAGGAUUGGAGAACGAGCCGGACAUGGAGAGCUGGUGGGGUGCCAAUGAGAAGGAGUUCAAGAGUCGCGGCAUGCAUUUCGAAGACCAUGCAUGCGUCACAACGCUUCAAAAACACUCAGGAAUCUCAGAUGUCUUCACCCGUCGCAUCGAAGAGUCUUCUGAAACUCUACGCAACCUUGUCGUCAAGAAUUGCUCGGAUUGGGUGGUUGACGACAGCUGGUUCAAACAGUCUUUCGCUGCUGUGCGAAACAUGAUCAGCGAUAGUGGGAAUAGCGAAAGGUCUCUGCCCUCCACUCUCGUCAUCUGCGACCCAUCUCGAAACGAAGAAGUCGAGAUUGCACACUGCAUCCGUGGUACCUUGAAGCCUUACUUUGUGCGCAUCGGCGGGGACAAUUAUCAGGUUCACCGUGUUCCUGCACUGGACUCUUCAUCUUCAAAUGCCGAGAGAAGGCCUGAAGGGGAUCUUCUCAUAUACUACGCUCGCGCUGACGAGCUUUCUGCAGCUCGUCAGAAGUUCUACGCGUUUUGUACAGCGUAUCGCGGGAAUGUGGUACCGGUCGUCGUCGUGGUCAAAGGACUGGACGAUCGCCAAGCUGCCCAUCAGUGGGUCGAGAAACAUAUCAUGUAUGAUGGCGCCGGACGUCUAUUCUCAACAUUUGCUCCAGCUGAAGAACUCGGAUACGAUUCUUUGAAGCAACAGGCGGAACAAGAAUUGCAAGAUCUCAUUCGACAGGCCUGUCUGAUUCGCAGCGAGAGGAAAGUUAGAGGGAAGCAGAAAAGACUUGCGCGUACUAGAAACCGACUGCGUGGAAAGUCAGAUGUUCUAGCAUUGCUCUAGUAUUUACUCGCGAGGACUGUUGAGAUAUACAUA